AAGUUCCUUCCUCUCUAUUCCAUUCCUCGCGCGGAGCCACGCCUUUCCUCCAAAUCUUCUUUCCUUCCAUUUCCGCGGUGGUAAACAGAGCUUAAAAGGUCUUACAAGACUCUAAAACCGCUGCUCGCUAUUCCCACUCCUCCGCUGGCUUCGCCGAAGUUCCUUCCUCGCUAUUCCAUUCCUCCCGCGGAGCCACGCCGAUGCCCAAAUUGGGCGUCGGAAUAUCAUCGUCGACCUCUUCCUCCUUUUCCGGCGAUCCCGAGCUCCUCUUCCGGUUGCUAAUCUGCUGCUUCUCUCGCCGCAUAUUCCAAACCCUAACCCUAACUCUCCACCCCAUGCCCUCCCCAGCUGCUCGCUCGCUCAAUGCGUCGCCGUGAUAAUGGUCCUGGCAUAUCUAUUCACUCAGUGUGUUCUCUUGGUAUGAUUCUUCUGCAUUUGUUCGGCGAAAGCCGUCAGUUCUCUGGCGCUAUGCUGGUUUGGCGGGUAUUAAGCUUGUCUGAAAGCUAGGGUUUGCAAACGGCAAGAAAGGGGUUUCCUCUAUGCCUAAGCAUACAUUUGCAGGAUCGAAUUUUCGAUUAUAAGACUACUCCUUCAAUAUGCUGAAGGGUGAGAGUGAUGGCAACCACAACUUGAUCGAGAUGACGAGGUUGAGAUCCCUAAACCCUAUGAAGUCUGAUCUGCGUCUUGAACAGCACGCUGAAAUUUGAUCCCUUUGUUGAUUGCACGCAUUGGUUCUGUUCCUACAAUUCCUUGUUACUUUGUAAGGUCCCUGCACUUCCUAUCUUUGUUUGAUGUUCUUGUCUUCUGCAAACUUGAAGAAAUAAGAAUGACAAAAAGCUCAUUGAAGAACAAUGGCUGCCUUACACCAAGGCAGUGUUGUCCAUGUGGAGAUGAGCAGUGUUACAUAAGAGCCGACAAGGAAGACGAAGACAUCUCGGCGGAAUCAGCAGCUAUUGCAGAGUCAAACCUCGUUCAGAUAAGGGAGUAUACUACUUCUGAUGCUGCUACGGUGAAGAUGCCUUAUGUAGGACAGUCUUUUCGAACCGAUGAUGAAGCUCAGGAAUAUUAUACCAACUUUGCCAGGAAGAGUGGCUUUGCUAUCCGGCGAGAGCGGUCAAAGGGAAAUCAGGCACAUCCACUAGGAGUUUAUAAGCGCGAACUUGUCUGCCAUCGUGCCGGAGUUUCUCUUCCCCGAAAAACCGCAGAGCUCAAACGUCAGAGGAACAAGAAAUCGUCACGCUGCAAGUGUGAAGCACAGAUGAUUAUCAAGAAGAAUGUUUCUAAGGGUACGAGCUGUUGGAUAGUCAUCCAAUUUAGUAAUGACCAUAACCAUGAGUUGUUGGACUGUGAGGAAGUUCGGCAUCUUCCUGCCUACCGGACAAUACCUCCCGCUGUUCGUGAGCGCAUUUUGGUUCUAGCAAAGGCCGGUUGCACUGUGAAUCUUAUGAUGAAGGCACUGGAGAUGGAAAGAGGAGUAAAGCCGGGUCAGUUAUCCUUCACGGAAAGGGACUUGAGAAACUUUCUUCAAGCCUCAAAGAACAUCGAUCGUGAUACCGAAGGAUCAGAACUUCUUCAGGCCUGCGCAAAUAUGAAAGACAAGAACCAAAAUUUUCGUUACAAGUACACUUUGGAUACGAAUAACAAGCUCGAGCAUAUUGCCUGGUCAUAUCCUGAUGCUAUUCAUGCAUACAAGGUCUUUGGUGAUGUGGUUAUUUUCGACAUAACCUACCGAUUGUAUGCUUACGAUAGGCCUUUUGGAGUAUGGUUUGGUGUCGACAAUUAUGGUAAUCUCAUAUUUUUUGGUUGUGUUCUAUUGCAAGACGAAAGGUCAUCUUCACUGAGAUGGGCCUUCCAGUCGUUCUUUAGCCUUAUGGACGGUAAAUUACCGCAAACAAUAUUGACGGAUUUCGACUUGGCAUUGAGAGAGGCUGUGAUGAAUGAAUUGCCAAACAUCAAACAUGUUUUCGGUGUAUGGUAUAUCUCACAAAGAUUAGCGUGCUGGUUUUCUACACUACUUGGAUCGCAAUACAACUCUUUUACAAAUGCCUUUCAUCGAGUUUAUAACUUGGAAACUGAGACUGAAUUCAUGCACCAGUGGGCUCACAUGGUUAAUGAGUUUGGAUUAGCAUCCGACCGACAUAUAGCCAUGCUAUCGCUUUAUCAGUCUUACUGGGCAUUGUCAUGCUUGCGCGGUUGGUUUCUUGGGAGUUUGUCGACUGGUUCUUCUUCAGCAUCAUUUAUUAAGUCAUUCUUCAAAGCAUUUCUGAAUGCACAGGCGCGUCUAAAAGAUUUUGUGGAUCAGGUGAGCAUUGCGAUCCAAUUGCUAGAUCAAGCCGGAGAAGAAGCCACAAUGAGGCAGAAUUAUCAAAACAUCAAGAUUAAAACAUGCAUGCCCAUUGAAGAACAUGCUCUCGGCGUCCUCACACCUUAUGCAUUCAAUAUGUUUCAAAAGGAACUAGUAUCGUCGACACAGUUUGCAGUUUAUGAGUCGCAGCGGGAGACGUACUUCGUUCGCCAUCGAUUGAAGACGGAUGGAGGCCAUAUAGUGCACUCUUUUCCCUCGGAGCAACAGUUACACUGCAGUUGCAAAGAGUUCGAAUCCUCUGGGAUUUUAUGCAAGCAUGCUCUUCGAGUGCUCUCUUUGAAGAACUGUUUCAUGCUGCCCGAUAAGUAUCUGCUGAUGCGGUGGCGACGCGAAAGCUCCUUGUUUCCAAAGAGCACGGGCUACCGAUACCGGUCCCAAGCUUUGCGCUCCCUUUCAUCUAUCAUAAUACAAGAGUCAUCCGCGACGAAAGAACGCUUCACUUACGUGCAAUGGCACAUGAGCAAGCUCCUUACCCAUGUGAGGAACAUGGCGACAUUCGAUGAAGCUACCUCAGAUAUGGAAACCGUGGAAUCGAUCGAUACAACAGUGAACUAUCAAAGGUCUGGAGCGAGGCCAAGACGAGCAAAGACUGCCGUCGAAAUGCCAAAGGAUACGCGAGAACUAUUGGAUUCGCAAGCAUUCCCUGAAACAUUCGACUUGUCAGAAUUGCCUUAGCCAUGGGUCACAUACUACUAGUCAAUUGGUAAUGGAUGUUCAAUUUGUUGGCGA